AUGGCGGAGGGGCGGAGCGCGGUGCGGAGCAGCGUGCGGGCGCUCAAGUCGCGUCUGAGCCGCGCGGAGGAGCCUGCGGAGAUUCUAAAAGUACUUGAGCUACUACAGGAUUUGGAUAUAUCACUGGAUAUUCUAACAGAAACUGGCAUAGGCAAAACAGUUAACAGUUUUAGGAAACAUGCCACUGCUGGAAAUGCAGCUAAAUCCCUGGUAAAGAAAUGGAAAAAGCUCAUUCCUCCAGAAAACAAAAGUGGUCACAGAGAAAGAAAACAAAACGUUGAAAAAGAUGAGACAAAAUCUUCAGUUUCCAAGGAAGGAAAGCCUUCAGAGAAGUCCAAAACAUCUGUAGCAGCCUCCCAAAGUUCCAGUAGCUCGUCCGUAUCUAGAAAGUUGAACAAGCAGCGUAACUGUAUUGAAGAAAAGCACCGAAAUAGAGACUCUGAGUCUCGAAAAGACCAUGAUAACAGAAGAUGUCAUGGCAGUGGUUCUAAACAUAAUUUCCUGGAGACAAGUCCUCAAGCUAAAGAGAGUGACUGUAAAAAGAGAGCCUCCAAGGACAGGAGAGCUCCAGAAAAGCAGCGUUCUUGUAUAGCUGGUAAAGACUCCUUCCCAAAGAAGGAGAAGCCUAAGGAUGCUUCCAAACAGAGAGAUGCUAAGAUUGUGACGAAACUGAAAGAAAAACUUGCUGUGAGAAGCAAAGCCGAAUUAUCUGGUGAUGAGGAAUUUGAGCCCCCUACUAUGUCUUUUGAAUCUUACCUGAAUUAUGAUCAGGUUACAAAAAAGAGAAAGAGGAAAGCUUGUUCUGCAAGUGAACGUCCAGAGAAGUGCAGUAAACAGAAGAGCAGCUCAUUACCACAAAAGACUUCAACGCUUUCUCACGCAAAUGAGGGAGAAGAAAAAGUACAAAACUCUGAAGAUGAUCAGUCAGGAACUCCCAGCAAAAAGGCCAAGGUGGGAUCCCUCCAAGAUCUUCUUAAUACUCCGCUGCCUAAAUUUCUGCCAGGCAUCUUAAUCUCCUCUCCCCCAUAUGCUGCUGACUUUAAAGAGCCUGUAGUGGAAGCACACCAACAAGUCGGUGAGAUAGUUCAAUUCACAGGACGGAGACUGAACUCCAAGAUGCAAGUCUACUCUGGCUCUAAACCAGUCUGUCUUUCAAAGAUGCUUACACUGUAUGAGCUGUGCAUCCGUGUGCUUCAAAAUAAUAUUGACUUGCUGCACGAAGUAGGAGGUGUUCCCUUUGAGAUCCUCGAGCCUGUGCUAACACGUUGCACACCAGAGCAGUUGUUGCGAGUAGAGGAAUGUAAUCCGACGUUUACAGAAGAGUCUGACCACCUGUGGAAGAAACACUGCCAGAGGGAUUUUAAAAAUGAGAGCCUCCUGGAAUAUGAAUGUUGGCGGGAAAUGUACUUGAGACUCUUCAAUGAGAGAGAAGAAAAGCUGAAGAUGCUUACAAAAAACAUUCUUUCAGCUCAGUCUGAGAAACCGAAAGGCCGGCAAGUAAAGAUGGCUUAUGUGACCAGUGCAGCAAAGCCACCCAGAAGCAUUCGCCGACAGCAGGGAAUCCAUGGAACAGCAGGAUCUGCCACCCAACUUCAUGUCAUAGAUAAGUGGAAAAAAAGGUCUCCAGAAGGCAGAGAUGGAAACAAUAAUUCAUCAAAUCUGAACUCUGCUAGCAGCAGUGGAAGCUCUAGCUCAAAUGGAAUGACUCAAGAUGGAAAGAAGCCUAUUAAAAAGAUUGCACCAAUCAUGAAGAAAACUUUAAAAGCAUUGAAGUGUAGAGCUGCACGGCGAUAAAACGAGGAUGUAUAUGGG